ACCGCUACCGGAGAAAGGACAGAUCCUUCGAGAACAACUACGUCUUGAACUGCGAUGCGGAACCUUCUGAUCGAUCAGGUCCGCGAGGACGGGUUCGCGGUGAUCGAUGAUUUCCUCACGCCGGAAGAGGUGCAGGAGCUGCUGCAGGUGGGACGCAACCUGCACCAGGAUGCCCCGAAGGAGGAGCGCAAGGUGUUCAACGCGAAUGCCGGCGCACAGUCUGCGCAGGGCCGCGAGCGAUACUUUCUCGAGAGCGCGGACAAGGUACGCUACUUCUUCGAGGAGGGCGCCAUCGGGGAGAAUGGGGAGCUGCUGGUCGACCCGGCCUUCUCGCUGAACAAGGUGGGUCACGCGCUGCACACCGAACAUCCGGCGUUCCAAGAGGUCACGUUCUCGAACCGCGUGAAGGAGGUUUGCUGGCAGCUCGGCUUCCGCCGACCGGCCGUCGCCCAGAGUAUGUACAUCUUCAAGAACCCGGGCAUUGGCGGCGAGGUGAAGCCACACCAGGAUGCCACGUACCUGCACACCGAGCCGAGCACGACGGUCGGCUUCUGGAUUCCGCUCGAGGAUGCCACGCUCCAGAACGGAUGCCUUCACUUCAUCAAAGGAUCGCACAAAAGCGGUGUUCACCGUCGGUGGAUUCGUAACUCAGACAAAACCUCCGACGAGCUGCUAGUUUACGACCGACCGGCCCCCCUCUACCCGCAGUCCAACUUCGUGGCCGUCCCGGUAAAGGCGGGCUCGUGCGUCCUCAUCGACAGCCAGGUGGUGCACCGGAGUGACGCGAACAAGUCCGACCGCAGCCGGCACGCGUACACCUUCCACGUGAUCGAAACACAAGACUGUGAAUAUUCCAAAGAGAACUGGCUCCAACCGCCGGAGGAUCGCCCGUUCCCGGUGCUGUACGAGCGAGAUUAGGGUGCCAGGGAGAGCCGCCCUAUUGGCAGGUUUUGCGGAAGCCGUUGGUGAAGAUGUGUAAUAUUUCUUUCCUGUGUUUAGUUCAUUUGCUUCAUUCCUGUAGCAAGGCGGGGAGUGCCUAGGAGGCGUUGGCAAUAUAGGGUACGCGAGAUAAUCCAAAGAGAAUUGUAACAAAAAAAAACCCCCCUCAUGGGGAUGGAUACUGAAUGUAGUUUUGCUUGGUUUUGUUGUAUGGUUUUCCCUGUUUUCCUCCCCCACUCCCCCGUGCCAUAGAUGUUUAUUUACACUUCUCGGGGCGUUGCGCCACAACGUGUACGAACGUUCUGUGUUCGCUGCCCUCCGUUUGCGCCGCCUUUAUGUGGAUCGCUAAUGCAACCAGGAUGGAAUUGCAUCAGCAUAUUAAAUACAAAGAUAAUAGGUGUAAUAAAACAAAAACCAAACGAUUUCUGUAAC